CCGCCCCGGGCGCCGGUGGCUCCGCCUCUCCGUGCCGGGCGGCUCUCCGGCUGGAGCUGGAAAGGGAGCGCUUCCCCGGACUCAGCUCGGUUCCGAGGCUCCGAAGCCGACGCCGCCAGCUCAAGCCCGGGGGCGGGAGCUGGACUGCCCACGGAGCCUGCGCCGGGGAGCCGCUGAGCCGGGAACGUCUCAUGGGACGCGUCCGGGGUCUCUCUUCGUGCCCUGCUCUUCUGUCCCUGUCCUAGGCGCCCGGGCUCUACAGCCCGCCCCGCCCGCAGCCCGCGGCCUGUCUGGAGAGGAGUAUGAGGCCCGGGGCCCCGUGGACGCCGGCCACAAGGCGGCAGGGGCCUACCUUGAGACCCCCGCGCCCGAGGGCGGUGGGUGAGGAGCCGCGGCAGCCGGCCAGGCGUCGGGGCGCAGACAGGAGCGCCCCAGCUCCGGCGCCCGAAGGGCCGCGGGACCCGUGUGCGGCCUGAGCGCCGAGGAGGAGGCGGAGGCGCCCCGCCGUCCGGGCCCUGGAGGAGGCGGCGAGGGGCUCCGCGGCGGCCCCCGACCCCUGGUCACCAUCCUCACGUUUCUGCUCCCGCGGGGGGGAUGUCGCGGCCCGGGCCCCGAGCGCCGCCCCGGCCCCGGGGCUGAGCUCCGGACCAUGUCCUCCCGCAGCCCCCGGCCCCCGCCCCGCCGCUGCCGCCGCCGCCUGCCGCGCCCCUCCUGCUGCUGCUGCUGCUGCCGCCGCUCACACCUCAACGAGGACACGGGCCGCUUCGUGCUGCUGGCGGCGCUCAUCGGCCUCUACCUGGUGGCGGGCGCCACAGUCUUCUCGGCGCUCGAGAGCCCGGGCGAGGCGGAGGCGCGGGCGCGCUGGGGCGCCACGCUGCGCAACUUCAGCGCGGCGCACGGAGUGGCCGAGCCGGAGCUGCGCGCCUUCCUCCGGCACUACGAGGCCGCGCUGGCAGCCGGCGUCCGAGCCGACGCGCUGCGCCCGCGCUGGGACUUCCCCGGCGCCUUCUACUUCGUGGGCACCGUGGUGUCGACCAUAGGUUUCGGCAUGACCACCCCCGCAACGGUGGGCGGGAAGGCCUUCCUCAUCGCCUACGGGCUGUUCGGCUGUGCCGGCACCAUCCUGUUCUUCAACCUCUUCCUGGAGCGCAUCAUCUCGCUGCUGGCCUUCAUCAUGCGCGCCUGCCGGGAGCGCCAGCUGCGCCGCAGCGGCCUGCUGCCCGCCACCUUCCGCCGCGGCUCAGCGCUCUCGGAAGCCGACUGCCUGGCUGGCUGGAAGCCCUCGGUGUACCACGUGCUGCUGAUCCUGGGUCUGUUCGCCGUGCUGCUGGCUUGCUGCGCCUCGGCCAUGUACACCAGCGUGGAGGGCUGGGACUACGUGGACUCGCUCUACUUCUGCUUCGUCACCUUCAGCACCAUCGGCUUCGGGGACCUGGUGAGCAGCCAGCACGCCGCCUACCGGAACCAGGGGCUCUACCGCCUGGGCAACUUCCUCUUCAUCCUGCUCGGCGUGUGCUGCAUCUACUCGCUCUUCAACGUCAUCUCCAUCCUCAUCAAGCAGGUGCUCAACUGGAUGCUGCGCAAGCUGAGCUGCCGCUGCUGCGCGCGCUGCUGCCCGGCGCCCGGCGCGCCCCUGGCCCGGCGCAACGCCAUCACCCCGGGCUCCCGGCUGCGCCGCCGCCUGGCCGCGCUCGGCGCCGACCCCGCGGCCCGCGACAGCGACGCCGAGGGCCGCCGCCUGUCGGGCGAGCUCAUCUCCAUGCGCGACCUCACGGCCUCCAACAAGGUGUCGCUGGCGCUGCUGCAGAAGCAGCUGUCCGAGACGGCCAACGGCUACCCGCGCAGCGUGUGCGUCAACACGCGCCAGAACGGCUUCUCGGGCGGCGUGGGCGCGCUGGGCAUCAUGAACAACCGCCUGGCCGAGACCAGCGCCUCCAGGUAGACGCGUGCCUCGCCGCGCCACGGACCCUCACCAGGCUGGGGUGCAGCCGGGCGGCGUUUGCUUUCCUUCUCUCAGACGCUGGCGCUUUCUUAACC